UGUCAGCAGCUUUAUAUCAAUUUACGUGUUUACAAUCGUUAAAUUAAUUAAAGAUAAAUGCUAAAGAAUCGCAAUUACUUAUGCUCCCGUACUUAUCGAAUCUGAGAGAGGAAAGUAAGGAGACGCUAACUGUAAACGCGACCGCCAACUACAGUUCAUGACAAUGAAUGGUCAGGUCUGAACAAUGGUCACUCCAUUAAUCACUACGGUUCGCGUGGAAUGAUUUGACCUUUCAGAUAUCUUGGAAAACCGCUUUAGUUUGUGUCCCUACGGUGUGGCAAACUCUCCAACGGGUGCGCAAGUAUAAGGAAGUAUAAGACUCGCCUACUGUUAAUGACAUAGCAUUGGAUUGUUCAACCACUUCGUUUUUUUUUGUCAGCUACGUUGGGGAACAAUUCUAACAUUUUUGACAAUUGCGCAAGGAUCUUGAGCCGCUAAUGUCUAGUUUAUAAGUUACCUACGUACACACGUUUGGUUUACAGGCCCAAAUACAAAGGCACAGUUCAAGAAUCACCGUUUGAUGAUUGUUUUACCUACGGCUACGCUGUGUGUAUUGGAUUUCGUUUCUAAUCUUAAUUGGAAAAGAAUUUGGACAUUUUUCAACAAGCGCGGGUAUCCGCCAAGUGCCUUCUGUUUACGUUCAGUAAGGAUACUAAACCAGACUAAUUCACGGUUCAAUAUUUGAUUGUUUAACCUCUGAACCGUUUAUGUUAAACCUUAUUUAACGUGAAAACAAUAUAGAUUGGUUGUUUUUCUCCAUAACGGACAAUUCCAGCGAUGCCUGAGACAAAAGAUAUUUUCAUUGGAAUGACAGUGGCAAACGUCGUCAUCCUCAUUCUUAACACAAUUGGCAAUUUUCUCGUCAUUCAAGCCAUCGUACGAACCAAUCGACUGCGCACUGCUUCCAACUUUUUGGUAGCUAAUCUAGCUUUUUGCGAUCUCAUGUCACCAUUAUUAAACAUUCCCAUUGAUAUUUCGGUAGAGGUAUCCUCCCUCGCGUGGCAUUAUGGUCCUGUUGUAUGUCGCAUAAUUUGGCCAGUAGCAACAAUGAUGACUACGUCCUCAGCCCUAACGCUUGUUGCCAUUUCUAUCGAUCGUUCAAGGGCACUUCGUCAUCCUUUCGUGACAAAACUUACAUUAUAUCAAGCAGUGGGAACUGUUUUGUUCAUACAUGUAGUCUCACUGUUGCUUAUAAUCCCAUAUUCCAUAGCUAGCGUGAUUAUUGAUGGACAAUGCGCCGAAGACUGGAAUGCGAGCAUAUUUACAUCGCGUCAAUAUACUCUUAUAAUUUUUCACGUACAGUAUCUCAUGCCGUUGAUCGUAUUAGCUUUAGUUUACAGUUGUGCUGCUCGUUAUUUGCGUCGCUCCACCCUAAGCCUGAUAAAGCUGGAAGAAUGUACGGAUUCUAGCGUGGAACAGUCGGAAACCAAAUCAUUGAGAAGACGCCGAAGCAACGCACCAAACAGUCCAAGAAGACAGGCGAGUUUAACAAUUCGCCGAGAACAAAACACGCGUGUAAUGAAAAUGUUCGCGGUCGUUGUAACAGUUUUCGCGUUUUUGACUUUGCCUAAUAAUGUUCGUUGGAUGGUAGAUGAUUUUGCCAACCAUACUCAGUACGCACACAAAAACUUAGUCUCCUUUCUAUGUACAAUGUGUACGUAUUUCAAUUGUUUCGCCAACCCAAUAAUUUACGGGACUUUCUCAAGAGAUUAUAAAGUUUCUUUCCUACGCGUGCUGACGCUAGGUCGUUAUGGCAACGCUUACGAGUCAAAACCAAGACGUACAGGUUUAUCGAGAUUGCCUUCGAGUUUUCGACGAAGACGUUCAUUGAACAAUUUCCGUGAUGAUAUGAAUCGUAGAGAAGUAACGGGGACAAUGGUUUGACAAUAUUGCUAUAAAUAUUUUGAAUUGAAUUUAUAGCAGUACAGUAGACACAAAUCUAGAUUCUAGAUUCAGUAUGUAUAGUUUAUUGUAAAUAUAAAGAUAUCCAAAUUCCAAAACGUUAACUUAUA